AAAGUUCAGAUAUAAUCUGAGUUUUCAAGAACUUUAUCACCACAAACUCUCAGGGAAAGCAAAAGCAAGAGAGGAAGACAAAAAAGAAAAAGAAAUGGCACAUUUGAGCCUGUUAGCAUCAACCAGCAUCCCCAAAUUGUAUCAAGCUGGUGCCGCAAUUGGGAGGCCAAGCCCAUGGAAAUAUUCUUCCAGAAUGUUUGUUACUGCUGCUCCUAGACCUUUACAGGGAAGUGCACAUCAACAUGCUAAAUCAGCAUGUGACCACUCAGCUGAAGCAGCAAAACAAAAACUGGGACAAUCUGCUGAAGAAAUAAAGAACAAAGCUAGCUCCACUGCCGAAGAAAUGAAAAACAAGGCUAGCUCAACUGCUGAAGACAUGAAAAACAAGGCUAGCUCAACUGCUGAAGAUUUGAAAGACCAGGCCAGCUCUACAAUUGAACAGGUAGCCCAGAAAACAAAAGAAGUUGUAGGCAAGGUGAUGCCAGACUCAGCAAAGGACAUCGGUGAUAAAGCAAAGCAAGUAGCACAAGAUGCAUGGGGGACUGCCAAAGAUACUACUCAAAAGAUUAAGGAUACUGUUACCGGCAAAGCUGAAGAAGCUUCUGAGUCUGUUAAGAAAGGUGCCGAGAAUGUGAAGCGCAACGUGAAAGACACCGUCAACUAAUUGGUUUUCUAAAUCAUGGCAUGUGGUAUAUGCUGCAUCACUUUUUGUUUUGCUUAAAACCAAUUGUUGUUUCUAUCUUCUUAAAUCUCAUUUUAUAGGUGUUUAUAAUUCCCGCAUGAAGUUAUGAAGUGGGUUUAUAAAGCUUGCUCUACUCAUGUGUAUGCUUUUGUAGAUUGAUAUUCGUUAUCAUCACUUCAUGUUAAUAAACUUAUUUAUUUAUGUAAAUUUAAGUUUUUUUUUUUU